GGGUCAGGCCCGAAUAAAAGCACCGGGAAGAUCGCAGUCCGGCACAUUCUGGAAAAUCAUCUCCGUCAUUCAGCACUCCCAGCAGCAACAUGAACUCCCUAGUGUUCGUAGCCGUGUGCGUCCUGGCGACGGUGUCCGCCCAGCAGCAGCGCUACCCGCAGAUCCUCAAGCUGAGCAACGACGUGGGCGCGGACGGCCAGUUCCAGUACGCGUACCAGACGGAGGACGGCAUCAGCGCCGAGGCCCGCGGCUCGCUCGUCGGCGGCAGCGCUCGCAGCAGCCAGGACUCCGACGGCCCCGCCACCGCCGUGACCGGCCAGUACUCGUACACGGGCCCCGACGGCCAGGUGUACACCGUCUCGUACGUGGCCGACGAGAACGGCUACCGGGCGUCCGGCGCCCACCUGCCCCAGCCCCACCCCAUCCCCGAGGCCAUCCAGAAGUCCCUGCAGGUCACCUCCCAGUCCAGCUUCCAGGCCCAGCCCCAGACCUCCAACUUCCAGCGUUCACAGACCUUCACCUCCUUCCAGCAGCCCCAGUCCUUCCAGGCUCGCCGCUUUUAGACCAACAUACCAUGUGAUCAUGUACAAAAGUUUUCAACACAAACCUCUUAAACCGUA